AAAAAAAAAUAUGGCUUAUUGUCUGCGCAGAUUUACCCACACUUCUCCUUCUUACUAUCUCUGCCGCAUUUCCUAGCAUGACUUCAAAGAGGGAGAAAGCUGCACAAACCCAGGAGGGAGAAGCAGAAGAAACCGAGAAAAACUGAGGAGAAAAAAAAAAGAGAGAAGAAGGGACGAGAGAGAAGAUUGGGGAAAGGAUGCACCCAUUUGAUGUCACAAGCUGAACACUAGCAGACAAAGAAAACUGUUCUGAAACCAUCCAAUCUGAUUUCUUUCUCCCACCUUGGACCUAUCCAUGUGAUGAUAGAAGGAACAUGGCCACUGAAAAUUUUGCGGAAAUCCUGAUCAGACUCAAGGAAACACACGAGAAAGAAGUCCAAGGCCUGCAAACCAAACUGAAUGAACUAACCAAUGAGAAAUGCCGGGACAACCAGAGAAUUGAAGAGCUCUUUACCAAAAACCAUCAACUGCGUGAACAACAAAAGGGACUUAAAGAAAAUGUGAAAGUCCUGGAAAACAGGUUGCGAGCUGGACUCUGUGACAGAUGCCAAGUGACCCAAGAACUUGCAAAGAAGAAGCAACAUGAGUUUAUGAAGGCCCAUUUUCAAAGUCUUCAACACAUCUUCAUCCUAACUAAUGAACUGAAUAAGCUGAGAGAGGAAAACAAGAGCCUGAAGGAAGAUUUGAAGAGGUUAUGUGGCCCAGAGGACAGGCCAAAAACUUUCAAAGGGCAGCCCAGGGAAGAAAACUUCGUCCCAGGCGUGUCUUUGUCUAUCCUCUCCAGCCGAAGCAGGAAACCGAGCGUUGGGAAAGACACGAGCCCAGAAACUGAAGACGAGUGUCCCGAGCCGCUGGAAGGAGAUGAGUCUCCUGAACACAGACUUUCUCCAGAAAGCAGGAUCUCCCCUAACAUCCUUCUCCAGGGAGACCAUGCUCUGGAUAUGAGCUCUCAGAAGAGGGUCAACCAAUUGCAGGGAACCGUUGAGCUGAAGAGAACAGGAUCCCGAACCUCCUCACAAGAAAGAGAUUACCCAGAAAGUGGCUCCCCACCCCUUACAAGCAAAACACCACCAUCUCCUCACUGUGAUCAAAGUCCCAGCUUUGAAGCAUUUUUAAGAGCCAACAGAUUGGAUUGCCGUGCCUCCACCUCGCCUUGUGAGAACCUGAGGUUCACCACCAAAAAGGAACACCUCUACCUCUUCAACCAAAGUUUAGCCCUGCAUCAUCUUGGCCUCCGGAAUAACUCGGCCAGCAAAGAGGGCGAUUUCCCUCACCACCUGUUGCUGGCUAAGGAUGUCGGCAGUCGACUGAAGCCCCACGAGGAGUGGGAAGACCGAGCUACCAUCUUGGAACUCCCUGGCGCUGUGUUGUACAUGAAGGACCGCCAUCUGGAAAACAGGCUCCAGCUUCUUAACAGCUCGGAGAAACUCCGUUGCUUGUUGAUGGAGCAGGAAGGGAAAGGAAGAAGCGAGGACGGCUCGGAUCAAUCUUGGAGUCAGAUCCCUUCGCUAUCCCCAAGCGUCGGCAAAGAAGGGAAGAAGGAAAAACACUGCCCAGAAGACUCAGUGGACGAUACACUAGAGCAGCUGUUCCAGGUCAAUAGAGAAAACCCAGACCAAGGAGAGAAAGCCACAUCUGUGCAGGACAAUGCCACGGAAGCACCUCUGGAUUUAUCGGAUUAUGGAAGGGGAAGAGAAAGUGGCACCAACUGGCACCAUCAGUCCUCAGUGAAACAUGAAAGGCGAAGUCCAGGCAGAAAUGAGAAUGAGGACGCUGUUGUUCAGAAAACCUGUUUGUCCAGCUGGCUUGGGACCACCCAGAAACACCAUUACGGGAACCAACAACUGGAAUCAUUCACGGCCAGAACCAGGGAAAAUGUAGCAGUUUCUCCGGUAAGAAAUAUAUUUUUCAUCUGUGCAUCUUUUCUUUGGCUAUUUCUGCCCCAACAAUUUCCUCGGUUAUAUUCAGCUACUUCAUACAUAUUGGUAGUCCUUGACUUACCAUCAUUCAUUGCCUCAGCUGGUGUGAAGAAAGCUGCACAUCUUAGGUGCGUGCGUGUUAGGUGCGUGCGGGAACAUGCUCCCACACUGCUGAAAAGUUGGCCUGAGAGGCCAGAUAACGGCAAUUCUGACUCAAUAAGGAAUGACUCUGAGGGGACUGUCGCAUCUGAGAGUGAGAUGGUUGAUCCUCAUGAAGACAAAGCCCUCGCAGGAGGUUCGGUAAAAGAAGACUACUGCUAUGUGACUGAGAAAAUUCAGAAUUUGCAGAAGAAACGGAAGAGGGGACAUGAUACAUCAAUAAAAGUCUACAAGAAACCAGUUCAAGGAGGAGAAAGUGAUGCAGCCACCCACCUCCUGCCUGGCCCAAAAGACACGAAGGAAAUGGCAAACCACAGUCCUGCUUUCAGACAUGAAGAGCACAAGGAGACAUAGCUGAAAACCAUUCUCACUUGGACCUGCUUGGUAGCCUAAGCCGCAGUUAAACUUUCCGGGUUUUUAUCAGGAAUCCUACAACAGACAAAUAAUAAUAAUUCUUGGUAUUUUAGUUGCUCAGGUUAAACAGACUUCCAAGUUGCACAAACUUACAUACGUAAUUUGUCAGGUAUUGUAACUGCAAUUGUGAGAAAUGAGACAUCCCAGAUAGACCAAGCAUGUAGAAGAAUUUAAAAAUCACUUCUCUGAUUAUACUGGUGAUAAGUGUACUGUCAGGGUUCCGACGGAUGCCCUAAUCAAUUCAUGAGCCUUGAGCCAAGUUUCAAAGAAAUCCAAUUAUUUAUUAGGAGCAACACAUCGCCACUUUUCCCAAGUGCAGUCGGCUCUGCCCUAUGUAAUUUAUGGACCACUGGUGACCCUGUUUCCCUCCUCCUCCCAGCGUGUGUUAUAAAUCACAUUCUCCAACAGAGCACUUUCCCGGGCUAGAGAAAACGCACCUCUCCGGCUGGCUCUGGUAACCUGGGAUACAAUCUGGAGCAAGGCACGCGUGGAAUGUGCUUCUGGACAUAGCAACCAAACUGCUCCAUCAGAUCUCCCCCCGCCCCUCCUUCUUAUGGCAACUCGAGACCAAGCCAGGAAUGCUUUACCAGUUGACAAGUACAGGUAGUCCUUGACUUACGACCAGAGUUGAGCCCCAAAUUUCUGUUGCUGACAUUUGUUAAGUGAGUUUUGCCCCCUUUCACAACCUCCCUUGCCACCGUGGCUAAGUGAAUCACUGCAGUUGUCAAGUUGGUAACACAUUUGAUAAGUGAAACCUGGCCUCCCCAUUGACUUUGCUUGUC